GAUCCGAACAUCAUUCCACGUUCACUUGCCUCAGCGAACAGUUGCUUUUCAGUUCGUUUUUAACCUUUCAUUAACAAAUAUUUCGAAUCGCAUUCGGUUCAGUGUUUUUACUCCGGUUCCGUUUUGAGUUUCGUUUCGAGAGUGAGAUUGGCUUUACGUGCCCAGCCUGCGCGCAAAAGGAUUUCAGUCGUUCGGAAGAGCUCGUUGCGCACACAUCGCGUCUCCUCGCCAAGGAUUAAGUGAUCAAAGUGUUUUACGAAACUGCUUUUGGGAAAAGCACGAUCAGUGCCCAGUGAUCAAAGAUUGUUGGAAGAAGAACAUUCAGCUCGAUAACAUAUAUGGGAUAUCAAAUUUGGAUUAAGUGAUUAAGAGACGUUCUGUGGAGUCAAGAAACGAGAAGUUUGAUUUACACAUUUAAAGACUCAGUGAAAUAUGCCCACAUCAAUCAUGCAGAAAAGCUACAGCCAUUGUCCGCUCAAGAAGCGACCAGUCUUCAUCCGCGAUGAAGAAGUGGAAAAAGACUCAGAAUCUGAUAUGGAGCCAGAAAAUCUUAGCACAAAGCCACAGGAUCUUUCGAUGAAGAAAAAGAUCGCUCGGUCAGAGUCUCCAGUUCCAGUCAUCAUCAAGGCAGAAGAUACCCUGCCAACUCCUCCCCCAUCCUCAUCUCCUGAUCCCAGUGAGAUCAAGUCACCGAUCUCAGUUCCUACCCCAAUCUAUGGAUCUCAUCCCUCAAUCUACUAUCCCCCAACUCGAUCUCCCUCAUCGCCAGCAGAACCAAUCCACAACUUCUACAAAUCUGCCCCAAAUGUGUACUCUGGCUAUCCUCACUUCCCGUACGCCAUGCCCUACCCUGCCGAUAUCUACAAUCUGUACCAUCACAUUUCGCCGCCACGUUCCGAGCCUCUGUCGCCUUAUGCUCAUCGUGAAAGUUCCGUCUCGCCGCCACAUCCGGGACACUACGGACGUCAGGAAUCGAUCUCACCACCAACUAUGGUUCCUGCCUAUCCGGCCGCAGAACUUCGGCUAAACCAGAACAACAACAUCAUCAAGUCGGAAUCCUUUGCCCGGCAACACCGUUACAUGCCAUACAGUCUCAGCCAUCAUCACCAGAUUAUGAUGCCUGUAGAUCACCCAUCUCUAUCGCCAACCUCCAGCCAUACAUCGUUCAACUCUUAUCUAUCCUCGAACCGUUCCCUGUCACCCGCCCGUUCAAGUCCUUCGGAUAUGUCCGAGGAGAACAACAACUCCAGCUCGCCAUCGAUUCUCACCGAAAAAUCCACCUCCAGCUCCAACAUCCAAAAGGUGAAAAGUGACAAAUCCGGCUCGGACAAACCAUCCGGAUCCAGUGGUGCUCCCCGAUACCAAUGUCCGGACUGUGGAAAAUCCUACUCAACCUAUUCCGGUCUAUCGAAACAUCAGCAGUUCCACUGUCCGGCAGCCGAGGGCAACCAAGCCCAGAAAAUCUUUGUGUGCAAAGAGUGUGACAAACCCUACAAAACCCUCGGUGCCCUGAAGAUGCACAUCCGCACCCACACCCUGCCCUGCAAGUGCAACCUCUGUGAUAAGGCUUUCUCGCGGCCCUGGCUGCUGCAGGGUCACAUCCGGACCCACACCGGCGAGAAACCCUUUGUCUGCAAGCUCUGCUCCCGGGCCUUCGCCGAUCGGUCCAACCUCCGAGCCCACCAGCAGACCCACGAGGAUGUUAAGCGCUUCAAGUGUCCCAGCUGCACCAAGUCCUUUUCCCGGUUGCCACUGCUCACCAAACACACCGAAACCGGUUGCCCCGGAAUCCAGAUGCCCGGCUCCCCGUCGAUGGUCGUCAGCUCCUCGUCCCAGCAAUCGCACGAGGACAAAUACAUGCCCACAGUGCUGCCUCAUGGCAACAUUGCCGUUUGCUGAAGAAAAAAGCGCAAAACCACACACCGCAAAUCGGAAAGAAAGUGCCUUUUCAUACAAUCUCAGCAAGCACUGAAACGUGAAAAAAAAACAGAACAGUUCACCAGUGAACGAAAAAAAAGACUGAAAAACUCAUUGCCACCGCGAUCGUUUAUAAAUUUUUGCGUUACUCGUGUAUAAGUCCAGAGCCCACUGAACUUAAGAAAAAUUCCCGGAAAAGUGUUUUGUUUCUUCAAAGUGAAGAGUGAAAUUAACUACCCCCAAAACAUUUGGGAAACCAAUCGUGUUUGUAAAUAGUUUAUUUAUUCCUCGUCGAUAAGUUAAAUCUAUUGCAAGUUUCGAUUUCCACACACCACAAAAAAUCCUACCAAAAACUAGUGUUUCGUGUUUGCGCAAGCAAAGCAGAGAAAUUGUUUUUAGUUUUCGUAAGAACCUCUUUUUUCGCCCUUAAAAAUUUAAUUUAUUCUAUUUCGGAAGGUAGACAAAACCAUAAAUUACAAAAUAGAACUCUUGAGUUACUGCUGGUCGAUCUACUCUAGGAAGGUAUAACAACCCUUCAAGAGUGGACAAUCACUUCGAAGAAAGUUUCUAAGCUAGUCAGUUAGAUUAAUUUUUCGCUUAGUUUGAUCAUCUACUUUUCCCAACUUAAUUCUUCUUUAGGAUUUAGGUUCGCGUGCGAGUCGAACAAGAAAAUCUGUUUCAAAAGGAUCUCAGUUGUAUGAAAUUCUUACUCCUAAAAAACAAACAAACUUUAAACUAUAAAGUUAGCCAUUCGAGUGAAAAAUGUGCCUUGAAAAAAAAAACAUACAAACUCCAUGAGCCAGAAACUGAUGCAUUUCAAAAUAGCCAUUCUACUGUUUAAAUACGACAAAUUAGCAUUAGGCAAAGAUUUUACAUUGAUAGAAACUCAUUUUUAUAAAACCUAUAGGCUCUCUACGAUUAGUGUUAGGAUCACACACACACCUGUAUAGAAAAGAAAAGACAAAGCAACCAAUGUGUACUUUCUCGUAUUUUUUUGUACCGCUACCAGAGUAAGAGAAUAUUAAUAUAUUUUGUUUUCAUUGUUUAGUGUUUAAGAAGUUAAGUACCGUAAGAAAUAUCUAAAGACAAAAGAAAAAAAAAACAAAAACA